AUGGGCGCAGCAGUCAGCGCACCGCAGGCUGCGCUCUCGCUCCCGGCCACCGGCCGCGCUCAACCGGGCACCGACCCUUUCUUCCAGGAACUCGGAGGCGAGGUCGUCUACGACAAGAGCAUGGGGUCGUCUCGCUUCCUCAAGAGCGUGCGCGCACGCCACAAGAGCGGCGCCCUCGUCGUCAAGGUCUUCGUCAAGCCCGACCCGGCCCUCUCGCUCAAGCCGUUCCACCGUCGCAUCAAGGUCGAGCGAGACGCCCUCGUCGACUGCCCAAACGUCCUCGCGUACGGCCGCGCCCUCGAGACGGAGCGCGCAGGCUACCUCAUGCGCCAGUGGGUCGCCAGUAACCUGUACGACCGCAUCAGCACACGGCCUUUCCUCACCUCGGUCGAGAAGCGGUGGAUCGCCUUUCAGCUCCUGACGGGUCUCAAACACGCACGAGAACGUGGUAUCUCGCACGGCGACAUCAAGACCGAGAACGUCGUCGUCACGACCUGGAACUGGGCCUACCUCGCCGACUUUUCCUCGGCGUUCAAGCCGACCUUCCUGCCGCUCGACGACCCGUCCGCCUUCUCGUUCUACUUUGACACGUCGUCUCGCCGCACGUGCUACCUCGCGCCCGAGCGCUUCUACGCCGCCGGGUCCGACACGGCUCGCAAGAAGGACGGCCUCGAGUUCGGCAAGCGCGACGGCAAGGUGACUGAGGCGAUGGACGUCUUCUCGCUCGGCUGCGUCCUCGCCGAGCUGUGGAUGGAGGGCACGCCACCGUUCACCCUCAGCCAGCUCUUCAAGUACCGCGAGGGCGAGUACAACCUCGAGACGUACCUCGCCGAGAUCGAGGACGUCGAGAUUCGGUCCCUCAUCCGCAGCAUGGUGUCGCUCGACCCGUCGGCGCGCCUCUCGUUCGACGACUACCUCACCCAGUACCGCUCGACCGCGUUCCCCGACAUCUUCUACACCUUCCUUCACCCGUUCCUCUCGAGCCUCAACGAGCCCUCGUCCUCCCCGCCUCCGCCUGCUCCGACGCCGCAUCCUGUACUACCAUCGUCGGCGCGACCUGGCACGAGUACGCCCGCCGAGACGGCUUCGGGCGGGCCGCAGCAUCAGCAGCAGCAGACGUUGCUGCGCACCGACGCCGACGACCGCAUCGAGCGCGUGUGGAGCGAGUGGGAGAUGAUUGCGCGGUAUCUCGACGAGACGGUCGAGAGUCAGGGUGCGCAGGACGGCGAGGACGGCAAGGCUCGAGCAGAAGGAGCACGAGGCGAGGGCAUCUUUCCUGUUCGUCUGCAUCUUCCAGGGCAGGAGGGCAUGGUCGUCGAUGCCGGCAACGCGAGCGAGGACGGUCCAGCGCUCGUCAUCCUGUCUCUCGUCUGCGCCAACAUCCGCAAUUGCGUCCGCCCAGCCUCGGUCCUGCGCGCGCUCGAGAUCCUCCUGGCCCUCAACCGGUACCUGUCGGACGAGACGCGCCUCGACCGCCUCGUGCCCUACCUCGUGUCGCUCCUCGAGGACGACGUCGCCACCGUGCGCUCGGUCGCCCUGCGCGCGCUCACGCAGACGCUCGUCCUCGUGCGCGGCAUCACGCCGUCCAACGUCGACGUCUUCCCCGAGUACAUCCUGCCCAACACGCGCCCGUUCUCGACCGACCCCGAGGUUCUCCCGCGCGAGACGUACGCGCUGUGCGUCGCCGCGCUCGCCGAGACGGCGCAGCGCUUCCUCGAGAUGGCCGAGGCCAUGAAGGGCGAGGGCACGUUCGAGCUGCAGGGCCUGCAGCAGGACUUCGAGGGCUCGCCAUACGCCGGCAACUUCGACACGCGCCUUCAAGAGCUGCACGCCCUCAUCCAGGACCACGUCAACCCGCUCCUGUCGGACCCGUCGUCGGCUGUCAAGCGCGCUCUCCUCGUCCAGGUCGGCAACCUGUGCACCUUCUUCGGCCGCCUGCGCGCUAACGACGCCGUCCUCGCCCACCUCGUCACGUACCUCAACACGCGCGACUGGCUCCUCCGGGCGGCGUGGAACGAGCGCGCUGUCGACGUCGCGAGCUGUGUCGGCGCGAGGAGCCUCGAGGAGUACAUCCUGCCGCUCAUCUCGCUCAGCCUGGCAGAUCCCGAGGAGUUUGUCGUCGCCAAGGUCCUCGAAUCGCUCACGAUACUCGCCGAGCGCCGGCUCCUCGCCAAGGGCAAGAUGUGGGAACUCGUCGGGCAGGUCACGGGCUUCCUGUGCCACCCCAAUAUCUGGAUCCGCGAGGGUGCGGCGGCGUUCCUCGCGACGGUCGCGAGCCUCCUCGGCACGACCGACAAGUGGUGCAUCCUGUACCCGACCGUCAAGCGCCUUCUGCGCUCCGACAUCAAGGAGAUCACCGACCUCGCUCUACUCGACAACGCUCGCGAGCCGCUCUCGCGUGUCGUGUUCGAGGCCGCCGUCUCGUGGGCGUCCCGCAGCGGCAAGUCGCAUUUCUGGUCGCUCUCGCGCGGCAGCGGCGGGCCGACCAAGGGCGCGCCUCGUGACGCGAGCGUCCGCACGGACGAGGACCACGCCCAGCUCGAGCGCAUGCGCCAGUUGGGCAUGAGCGUCGAGGACGAGUACAAGUUGAGCGCCAUGAGGGAGUACGUCGCAAAGGUGGCUGCGGCACGACAAGGCGGCCCGUCCCGUGGCUACGACUCGCCCGACGCCCUCACGCCAACGACGAGCGCCGCCAACCUCCAGGACCUCGGCAUCGUGCCGCAGACUAUCUUCUUCUCGGUCCUCUCGGCCGACGAGAUGCUCAACCAGGCGCGGUCCCGCCUCCAGGGCCAAGGUGGCGUCGACGUCGGCGGUUCGCUCAGCAGGCGCGUCUCGACCGCGUCCAGCGACGCGACCGGCGCAGGGCGACCGGCCGCGAGUCGUCGCGCGAGUUCGAGCCAGGCGCCCGUCGACGACCUGCGCCGCCGACUCGCACUCGGCGCGCACCAGAUGGGCGGCGGCACCACGUCGAGCAUGCGCAGCUUCCAGGAGGAGGACGGCGACGGCCCCGACCCGUCAAGUCGGACGCCCAGGUCGGCGACGCCGACGACCCUCGCACCGGGCGAGCGCCUCGACCUGCACCGCACCGUGUCGCAGACGUCGACGGCCGCGAGCGAGGCGACCGCGACAUCGGCGACGUCGAGCGUCUCGGGCGCGACGGGCGCAGGGCCGGCCAAGCCGCGCAGUCGCGUCCGGCUCAACGCCGUCGAGGUCGCUCGCGCCGUGCCCGCCGUCGCCGAGGACUCGACCAACGCGAUGGGCCUGUUCGACGUCGAGGCGCGGUACCGGGCGAGUGCGGGCGACGCAGAUGCGGCGAGCGUCAUGCAGGACGUCGUGAGCCAGUCGCCGGGGCAGUUCCGGAGGAGCACGAGCGCGAGGGAGGUCCCGGCGCCUCAACGCUUCGUCUCGACCUACGAGGGCAACGACCCGAGCAUCAAGCAGCUCCUCGAGCGCACCUACCUCGACAGCUACCGCGAGCCUCUCCCCGAGCUCGGCCCGCACGUCCCUGUCGGCAUACCUCGCCGCAAAGCCCUGCGCACGAGCUUCCCGCCACGCGAGCGCACGCCGAGCCGACCCGACGGCACCCUGAUCGCCCACCUCGUCGAGCACACGGGCCCCGUCACGUCGAUCCAGGUCUCGCCCGACCACCUCUUCUUCGUGACGGGCUCGGACGACGGCACGGUCAAGGUGUGGGACGCGAUGCGCCUCGAGAAGAACGUGACGAGCCGCUCGAGGCAGACGUUCCGGCAGGGCGGCAAGGUGACGGCCGUGUGCGUCCUCGAGCACUCGCACUGCGUCGCGAGCGCUUCGACGACGGGCACCGUGUGGAUCCACCGCGUCGAUGUGAGCCUGUCGGGCUCGAUGCCGCGGUACAGCAAGCCGUGCCUGAUCCGCCAGUACCCGCUCGACGAGGAGGGCGACCACGCCACGUGUCUCGCGAGCUUCAACACCGACACGACGACCAACCUCGUCCUCGGCACGUCCCUCUCGUCCAUCAUCGUCCUCGACAUCCGCACGAUGCGCGCCCUGCACACGUUCGCCAACCCGCGCCACUUUGGCCCCAUCACGGCGCUCUGCCUCGACCGCAAGCACCUGUGGCUCGUCGCCGCGACGGCGUCGGGCGUCCUCGCGCUGUGGGACCUGCGCUUUGGCCUUCUCUUGCGCAGCUGGAGCGUCGGCUCGAGGCGCGUCAACCAGAUCGCCGUGCACCCGGUCAAGGGCAAAGGGCGGUGGAUCGUCGUCGCUGCCGAGCCGGACGACGCGUCGGACCCGGUCGUCGAGCCGGGCAAGAGUCGUCGAGGCGCCUCGUCGUCUGCCGCCGGCCAGGGCACGGUCGUCGCCGAGGUGUGGGACAUCGACCUCGGCGUCAAGGUCGACGAGUUCCGGGUUUUCUCGUCGCAGCAGGCGCAGGCGGCGUCGGCCUCAUCGUCGAGCCGGUCCAACAUGUUUGCCGGCGCCGACGAGCCCGCGAGCGUCGCCAUGCAGGACGCGACGCUCGACCCGGCUGCAGCCAUCGAGGCGCUCCUCGCCGCAUCUACCGCGCCCAAGCCUGCAUCUGUCGGCCCGGCGGUGGGCGUCGGGGCGGCAUCGGUGGCGCCCGUCCAGCCGACGAUCCGAGCGCUCCUCCUCGGCGCCGACUACUCGACGCAAGCGUCGACUCGUCCCGCCACAGCGCUCCUCGUCGACCCUACGGCACCUACCGCCGAUGGCCGCAGCAAGGACGGCCGGUCGGCGAGCGGCGAGGGCGGGUUCCUCCUCACCGGCGGCGAGGACCGCAAGCUGCGGUUCUGGGACUUGGCCAAGCCGAGCCGCAGCGCCGUCGUGAGCGGGCUCGACGCAGACGAGGAAAUGCCGUCGUACAGCACGCACACGAGCACCGUGCGCCCGACGCUCUACCUCGAGUCGCCCUCGUCCGCCGCACCUCCCUCGACCUCGAGCAGCAGCACGUCGAGCGCAUCCCGCUCGUCCCGUGCCCCGUCGUCGUCGACCUCGACCGCCGCCAGUGCGGCCCCCUCGCGCGUGCACCGCUCGACCCUCAUCGCCAACUCGCAGCAGCAGCUCCUGCGCGCGCACCAGGAGGCCAUCACGGCGCUCGCCGUGCUCGACUUGCCGUUCCGGUGCGUCGUCAGCGGCGACCGGGCCGGCGUCGUGCGCGUGUUCGAGUGA